AGCCCACAGACGGACUGAUACAGGAAGAUACUACAGUCAGUGGAACCUUACCAUCCAAGUGACGUCUUCAUAUGAUCAAUUCCGAUUUGUAAUAAUCUCAAAACAAAGGAGCAAUUCCAGCGGAAUUGACGGGAUUACUGUGGAGGCGACUGUCGGGCGGCCAGUCUACUGUGUGUUGACAAGGUGGAGAAAUGUGCACACAGAGACGGCAAGGAGAGUGGAAUUAAGCGCGGGAGAGAAAAGAUGCCGAAGAUGAAACUAUAAAAAAGAACUAGUUUUGGGUCCUGGGCAGACUUCCUGCAGUAGCAGUCGGAUGUGCAUGUUGACCCGGCCACGAUGACAAUGAAAGGCCUGUCCAGCAGCCGCAGUCACCACCACGCUGUGACCUGCGAUCCCUCCUACGACUCUAUGACCCUGGGACACUCGGAUCGUCGGUCCUACUUCCUCAAUCCUGGGGAGGGUCAUUCUGCUGACCAUCCUUGCUACCCUCAGCGGAACGCCUUCCAGACUGAAUGCAAUGCCUAUCCUGAUCUGGCCAGCUGCACCUUCCCUCGUAGACAUUACAGCUCCCACCAUGAGCUGAAGGCAGAGUGCGGCGCUGUGGUGCCUUAUACCGGGCCACCAGGGAGCAGUAAGGGUGGAAACAACAACCGCAUCCCACCCAACCUGCUCGAGCAGUUUGAAAGCCAGGCGCCAUUGCGGCAUGAAGGCUACCACACACUUCAGUACAAGCGCACUGCAGUAGAGCACCAACGCAGUGACAGCCCCGGUCGAAUUCGCCACCUCGUUCAUUCUGUCCAGAAGCUUUUCACCAAGUCCCACUCCCUGGAAGGCCCCUCGGGCUCCGGUGGAGGAGGGAGCGGGAGGAUGAAUGGCAGCAAAUCCAGUCCUGACGAUCCUCCGUCAUCUUCCGGCACCCUAAAGCACAGCAAGCGGAGUAAGAGCAAAGACCGCUCCAAGUCAGAGCCGAAGAUGCGCACGGCCAUCUCGGGCUAUUGGAGUUCAGACGACAUGCUGGACAGGGAGGUGUGCCUCUACCAUCACCAGAGGGCCAACAGUGGAGGCCUGCCCUCUGGGGUCAUGACCAUGGGGCGACACCCGGACAAAUCCCAGUCUCAGUAUUUCAUGGAGUCCUACAACACCAUCAGCGCCCAGUCUCUCAAGACGUCACGCAGCAACAACGACGUCAAGUGCUCAACGUGCUCCGGGGGCAGCGGCAGUGGGGGGCUGCCACUCAUGAGUGCGCUCGAUGGCCAAGUUCAGCUGAAGAAGAGCUCGUGGUCUUCGACUCUGACGGUGAGCAGAGCAAGGGAGGUCUACCAGAAGGCCUCGGUCAACCUAGAUAAAGCUCUAGUGAAAGCUGAGCAGGGACGCACCUGCCACUUCCUACAGGUGCCUCAGGACGACUGGAGCGGUUUCUCUCCGCUGGGGAAGGAUGACGAGAUUCCGUGCAGGCGGAUGCGCAGCGGGAGCUACAUCAAGGCCAUGGCGGAAGAGGACAGCGGCGACUCGGACUGCAGCCCCAAACCGUCGCCUAAGGUCCAGGCGCGACGAGCCAGCUACCUGAAGGCCACGCAGCCGUCUCUCACAGAGAUGACCACGCUCAAGAUUUCCACCGAACACUCACCCAAGCUGCAGAUCCGGAGUCACAGCUAUCUGCGGGCGGUGAGUGAGGUUUCCAUCAAUAGGAGUCUGGACAGCUUGGACCCGGCAGGGCUGCUGGCCUCGCCUAAAUUCCGCUCCCGAAACGAGAGCUACAUGAGAGCAAUGAGCACCAUCAGCCAGGUGAGCGAGGUGGAGGUGAACGGGCAGAUCGAGGCGGUGUGUGAGUCAGUCUUCAGCGAGAUGGAGUCGCAGGCGGUGGAUGCCCUGGACCUGCCCAUGCCGGGCUGCUUCCGCAUGCGGAGCCACAGCUACGUGCGUGCCAUAGAGAAGGGAUGCUCGCAGGAGGAGGAAGAGCGGGGCGUCGCGGCGGGCCACAGGAGGACCAACUCCCCCCCGCGCACCGCCACCACUGUCAGAACCAUCCAGAGCAGCACAGUGUCAUCAUGCAUCACCACCUACAAAAAGACGCCUCCCCCGGUCCCGCCGCGAACCACCCCGUCCAAGCCCUUCAUAUCCAUCACGGCCCAGAGCAGCACCGAGUCCGCUCAGGAUGCGUACAUGGACGGGGGCUCCGGCCAGCGGACGGGCAUCAGCUCCCAGCAGGGCCUGUCCAACUCCACGGAGAGCAUCGACAGCAUGAAGGCCCUGACCGCAGCCAUAGAGGCGGCCAACGCCCAGGUGCACGGCCCCGCCAGCCAGCACGUCACCAACAGCACCAUCAUGAUCACCGCCACCGCCACCACGUCCGCCGUCGCGCACGUCUCCGCGGACAGCAAGGCUCAGAGGGAAGCGCUCCGCAAGUGCCUCUCCAUAGGCAUCCAGGUGGACCCGGACGAAGGAGGGCCGACGGAGGAGCAGUCUAAAUUCCAGUCGAUUGGGAUUCAGGUGGAGGAUGAGCGAGGCUACCGGAGGAUGACACGCUCCAACAGUGUGACCACAGCCGUACAAGCUGACCUCGACGACCCCGCGCACGCGCCGGAGCUGCCGCCGCGCCACUGCGCCACCAUGCCGCGCCAGCACUCCCGCGACGCUUCCACCUCCACCGUCAGCAUCCAGGGCUCCGGGAACCACUACCACGCUUGCGCCGGCGACGACUACGGGGAGGUGGGGUUCGACCCGUCCAUCCUGCCCCCUCCGGACCCCUGGAUGGACAGCGUGCCCGAGCCGGAGGCGGACGCUCUGGAGAGCGUCGGGCGGUCGGUGUGCCCCCGCGACGGGCGCUGGUUCCUCAAGUUGCUGCAGGCCGAGACGGAGCGCAUGGAGGGCUGGUGCAGGCAGAUGGAGCAGGAUGAGAAGGAGAAUGAGCUGCAUGAGGAGAUCCUGGGGAAGAUCCGCAGUGCAGUGGGGAGUGCCCAGCUGCUGAUGUCCCAGAAGUUCCAGCAGUUCCGGGAGCUGUGUGAGGAGAAUCUGAACCCGAAUGCGCACCCGCGGCCCGUCUCCCAGGACCUGGCGGGUUUCUGGGACAUGCUCCAGUUGUCCAUCGAGAACAUCAGCCUGAAGUUUGACGAACUCCACCAACUCAAAGCCAACAGCUGGAAGCCUCUGACUCCCCCGGAAAUUCAGGAGAGAAGGAUGCCCCCUCCUGUGCCAAAGAAGCCCCAGAAGGGCCACCCUCCCCUGGCUAGGGACCGCUCGCUGGAGAGCUCUGAGCGCCAGCGCCUGGAGGCUCGCAAGCGCCUGCUAGCUGCCAAACGUGCCGCGUCGGUCCGGCAGAGCUCCGCCACCGAGAGCGCAGACAGUAUCGAGAUCUAUAUCCCCGAGGCUCAGACCAGACUAUGAGACACAGAAGCACUCGUACCCACACACUGUCCCGUAAACACAAGAGCACUGAAUGAUAAGGCUAGGGUGCUAACAUGAUAUAAUCACACUUUUUCGCAGAUCACUGUGGGGGUCGCUCACGCAUAGAAGCUUUUUGAACAAGAAAUGUACAUUACUUACUUACAGUAUUUAUUUAUUUAUUUAUCUAAACCCCCCGCCCCUCCCUCUUCAUUUUCUUCUCCCAGCUUUGAUGUAGCACUCCCUCUUUCCCUCCACCUGCCCCCCCUCUCUCCCAAAGAAGUAUCUUACGAAUCCCUCUCCCCCCCGCCCUUUUUUUAAGUGGCCUGAUGUUACAGAGUAAGCCUGGUGUAGCACAGCAGUGAUGCUUCACGUUAACGAGCCGAGAGCACAGGGACACAGGGAGGGAGCAUGUACGUACGUGCAUGUGUGCGUGCGCAUAUGUUUGCGUACGUACGUGCAAACGCACGUACGCUUAAGUGAUAUAUUUGAUCUGACCCGCUCAGGUUCAAUACAUCGACUCCAGUGCAGAGAGCAGACCCGUCGAAUCCUCUUGAUACGUAUUAAGUUGAUUUUUUAUACUUUUUAGCAAAAUCUAUAUUAAAAUCUAACAGAUUCUGAAAGUACACGAGUUUAUGUUUUGUAUAUUUGAGGUAAAGUAUUACAACCUAGGUGAGGAAGCGGACCAGAAAAAAAGGCAGUUAAAGUGUCGACUGGUGGCACAGUUCGCCUUCUGUCUGCAGAACAGGGUGAUCGUGGUAAGAGGCUAACCCUGCAGGAAAAGGCCAAGAGGUCAGAUUUCGCUCCUCCAGGUGAAGCGGAGCGGCUGUUGAGCCAGGAGCGCAGUUGGCUGAAAGGAUCGCUGUUCUACGACGCCACAAACCUAAUCUGUGUGUGUGUGUGUGUGUGUGUGUGUGUGUGUGUGUGUGUGACAGAAAGAGCCCAAGUGUAUGUGUUUUGAUUGAGAUGUUCGUCUCAAAAGUGCUUCCUAUUUUUCUAGGUCUAAAGGGUCCUAGUUGUAAUUGAUGACUGAGGUAGCAGUAUCAACAAGCUGUAAACAAACCACCCAUCUCGUCUCAUUUUAAACUGAGCUAUUUGUACUAAGGACACGACACGCUUGCAGACACAAGGUUUUUUUUUUAAUAUUUUUUUUUAUUUUUUAAAUUAUUUAACGCCUAACUCAUGUUGUGUUCAGACUCUGGAGCUCAGAUGCUCUGUACAAUACUGGUAGUUGUACUAUAUUUUAUUAUGUCGAUUUCAGACAGGUUUAUUGACAGUAUUGCGAGACUACAGGACUGAAAAGGGACUAUUUCUCCUCACUGUGUGUGCACUAUCUCUGCCUCCAAAUGAAGCAAUUAUUUAAAGGUCAUACAGAAAAGAAAAAUAAUAAAAAAACAAAAAAACAUUUCUAAUAUUUUGUAUCCGUGUUUAAUUUAUUGAUUAGGAGAACAAUGACUGUUUAUUGACAUUGUGGUUAUUAUUAUGCACUGAGAACAAGGCCCUUAUACUGUGUUUUAUUUAUUUUUAGCAUGACAGGCACCUUUAUGUCUUUUCCGUUUCAGUGAUCAGCCUUAAUUUCUAAUACGAUAGUCGAGCACAACAGCAGCAGUCUCAGGGGAAGAAGUGUGUGCGAGCGUGUGCGUGAGUGUGUGUGUGUGUGUAGCUGAGAGAGUGCGACUUCAUGUGACUGUAUGUGACCCAUGACUUUGUCUCUUAUUGUAUAUAACCCCCUGCCAUCAGGAUAGGCCAUGACCUUAAAUAAAGGAAACGGCGUUCCAUGCCGUCUCCUGAAUGACGUUCCUCCUGAACAUCUCUGCCCUACUUUAGCGUAACAAGGUAUCUCUGUCAGCUGCUUGAAUGUGGAGACAAUCUUGAGCCGGUUCACGGUCACAUUAUUGUUUUGGUAACAGACUAGCAGGUAUUACGUCAAAUUCUCCGUGUUGAUCUGGAAAUGUUUCGUGCCAUUGGAUAACUGAGGAUGUUCCCAUCGCUAACUGAGCGGCUACCUGAAGUUUUCAUAGUUUUUCAUUUGUUUGUCGAGGAAGUGAUUCUGUAACCGUACGGUAUGAUUUGUAUUUCCUUUAGCUGGUCAAUAUGAAUUUUAGAGAGGGCGCAUAUAACAAUAUUUCAAUGCCAUUUUAUGUAGAAGAAGCUCAUUUUUUUUCUUAUUUUUACUUUGGAACUUGUAUUUGAACUGAACUGUCUGUCAAAUAAUAAGUUAUGUUUAUUAUAUUAACAUAUCAAUAUUACGCUCCUGGUAUAGCAGGGAGUUAGAAACCAGAAUGUUGGAUUGAGGUUAAUUGCUAAACUCAAAAGACACUCCAGCAGUUCUGAAGCUUGUGACGUAGUUACAUAAGAGAAAAACAUUCAAAUAAACAUUUGUACAUAACUGAAUGUGUCCCUAUGUACAUGUAAACUUCAAAAACUCUAAUAACAUAUUACGCAGAUAUACAUUUUGUAAUUAAUGUUACUACACUGUUGAUGUUAUGGCACGUGUAUGAGAACUUAUCGGCAUUAAAAAAAAAACAUAUAUAUAUCAUUGCCAUCAUUUUGUUGUGUUCAUUUCUUUCCCGUCUCUACAUGUGUUUUCAAUUGGAAUAUAAUUAAACAGAUUACAAGGCC